CCGUUCUCAUUGGCUACGGCAUGCUGGCUGGCUGUGUGAUGAAGUGCGGAAGAAAUAAGGGGGAAUUCCUGAUAAAUACAUUUACUUUGGUCGGGCUCUACCUACCCAAAUGUAGGCAGAAGGGUCUGUUAAUGGGGGGAGUUACACCGAAGAUGGUAACGUUAGUAGAACUGACAGCUGGGUGUUAACCCCUGUUUUUAUCGUAGCUGCUGUUUGUGCUGUUUGUCAGCGCUUUUCGUAGACCUCAACAAGUCUUCCGGAGUCGGACAGCGUUAACUUAGCUCUUUGGUUUGCUAGCUUAGCUCUCUAGCUUAGGAGGAAAGUGAUUUGAAACGCGCAUUAGGACAUCAAGGUCAUGGUUCAGCCCCAGCCCCACGGGGACAGUGCCUUGCAGUGGGAGAUGACUGGAGAGGAGGCUAUAGGCACUAGCAGUCAAGGUUCACUUGUGGCUAGUUCACAAGCAUCACUAAGGGUACCACCUGAACUAGCUGGAAACGAGGUGGUCCACAGACUUUUGGCAGACAACAACCAAUUACGAGAGGCACUAAAGCGCAGUAAUGAUGCCCUCAAAGACCGCUGCGAAGAGAUGGAGGGUUGGCAGCGGAGAUCGAGGGAAGAGAGAGAGUUUCUUGCUUGUAAAUUUCGUGAGGCUCGGGCUUUGGUGGAGCGACUGGCUCAGGAGAACCAGAGUCUGUUGGGCAAGCUCAAGCACAGCCAAACAGCAGCUCAAAUUGAUGGCACCGCAGAGACCGGAAGCCAAGUUCAGAACCAAGUGGGUUCCAAUACAGAGAUUAAUGGACUGACCAAUUCUCCUGAAGCUUUAGAUGAGCCUACAGGGAAAGGCAUCACAGAGCGAGACACUGACACACGGGCAAUUCCUCGAAGUUUGCCUAUCGAAGGUUCUAAUGAAUUCUUGAGGCUGCUGAAGAGUCACAAAGACAAACUGGAGGAGGGAAUGAGGGACCUGAGGAGAAGAAAUAAUGACCUGGAGAGAGAGAAGACGGAGAUCGAGAAGGAAAGGGAGGAGCUCCGCCUUCGAUUGUCGCAGCUCUCUCAGAGUGCUGUGAUAAUGGAGGAGACGGUUCAGAAAAAUGCUUUUACGGUCCCCAUAGAAAGCUCACACCUGGCUAAACUAACAGAGCAGCUUCAAGCUACACAAGGCAGGUAUAAAGAGCUCCAGGAAAAACUGAACAUUCUCCAGCAGAACUCAAUUCAAAGGGACAGGAAUGAGGCUCUGCUCAAGCAAAAGGAGAAGGACUAUGUUCAGCUGACUAAGGACAUCGAGGCCCUGAGGGCACAGGUCACGUCUCUGGUUGGUGAGCUACACGAGCGGCAGACCUGCCUCAACAAGUGUGAAGAGGAGAAAAACUGCCUGGAGGAAAAGCUGUGCAGUAAGACGGAGGACCUGCAGAUUCUGGAACGGGAGAUGGAGCAGCAGAAGAAGCAGCACUGCGUGACCGUGGACAAGUUCUUGCUGCAGACGCAGAACCUGGAGGCUGCGCUCAAGAACGAGCGUCUCGUCAUUGUGGAGGAGAAGAGGAAGCUCGCCCAGCUACAGCAUGCAUACACCUGUCUGUUUCAGGACUACGACAACAAGCUGAAAAACGAGCAAGCCAAUUCAAGGGGUGGCGAAACGGAGACUCUUAUUAACAGGCUGGACGAAGCCGAGAAAGCCCUGGCAUUGAAACAGGCCCACAUUGACAAACUCAAGGAGGAAGUGGAGCAGCAGAGGGCCCUGCAGGAGACCAUUCAAGUGCUCACGGCACAGGCGGAAAUCUACAAGUUAGACUUCCAGGCAGAGAGGGAGGCCAGAGAGAAGCUCCACCAGAAGAAGGAGGAUCUGCAGGAAAAGUUGAGCCAGGCGCUGGCUGAAAUCAACCUGCUCAAGCAGGAGAAGAUGCAGCAGAGACACACGGACAACUACAGAGGGGUUGUUCUGCCUGCUCCAGCACCGUUCCAGGGGCCGGUGAUUUCACAGCCAAACCGGCUUCUUCCCGAGGUGCAGCCAGACUACCGAUGCCCUAAAUGUCAGUACCAAGCGCCAGACAUGGACACCCUGCAGAUUCAUGUGAUGGACUGUAUUCAGUGAGAAGAGGGGAGGCCUGACCUGGCCUGACAGUGGGCCGACAGUAUUGUUCAGAGGCACAAUGCCAUCACAACAGCUUACUUCAUUGAUGCAGUCGAGCGACAAACACUUAAAACACACAAGACAACAAAAAUGGGUGAAGAGAUCACUCUGUCGCAUGUAAACUUUGACCUUUGCAACCAAGGAGCAAAAAAAUAUAAACAGGAGACUGGACAGACGUUUAAUUUUGGGGAAAUGAAACUCUCCAGUGUUCAAUUUACCAUGGUGUAGUAGUUCUGUUAGGAAAAAGGAUCUGUACUCCAUCUUGUUGACAGCAUAACGUAAUGUACUGCACAAGUGAAUGUGUUUGUUUUUGCUGUACAGCAUAUGUCUAUCAGUGAAUGUUCCCUUUAUAAUUGUGGUAUUUGUUCCCCUCAGUGUAUGGGUUAUUUGGGGAUUCAUGCCUGUCUGCUUGGACAAAUGAACACAAAUACUUUGUACAGACUAUUGUUACGGAGAGAUUUAAAGAAUUAAAAAACACUGUGUUUGUG